GGAUAAAGGUUAUAUUUAAAAGCAGUUUCCGUGUUAACAAAUUUUUUUUUCUUCGACAAUCACACUAAAUUAAAUAGCAGAAAUUCACUUGCUACAAAGUCAAUUUUUAUUUAUUUUUUUGGGCGAAUCAUAUUUUGGCAAAUAACUAAUGUUUUAAUACUAGAUACUUCGCAUUGUAUGGAAAAGACACGCGCUAAAAUAAAUAAUUAACUCAUCUAAAUAUUUUGAACACAUUAAAAUGAUUGAUAGGAAAAUAUGUAGAUUAGAAAUAAAUUGCGAGACCCUACACCUGAAGAAACGGUUGAUGCGUCAAAUCUCAUGUUUUAGAGUUGAUUCAGUCAGUCUGUAUCAUCGAACGACGAUGCGUAUGUUAUUUAUAGCAGCUAUUUUAACCUCAAUCUACUCGGUCCAGGGGUCGAAGAUUUUAAUGGUGUUUUCGUUACCCUCAAAGAGUCACUUUAUUCUUGGAUAUGCUUUAGCUAAAGGGUUAGUCAAAGCUGGACAUGACGUUACAAUGAUCACUACUUUUACAGACAAAAUUCCCGAAGGAAAGGGAAGUCUCAGGUUCAUUCCGAUCGAGAAUUGUGGCAAAAAAUUCGAGGAAUCUGAAAAAACAUCAGGAUUCAAUAUACUAGACAUGGCCAGUUCCAGCUCCUUCAUGAACCUUGCAGCUAUGAACUUCCUAGACGACGCUUGUAUGAGAAAUGCAUUCGUGGAUCCAGAAGUUCAAAAACUCAUGCAAUCGAAGGAGAAAUUUGACGUUGUGUUAGUGGAAUCCUUAAUGACAGACGCAUUAAUCGCUUUCGGAUGUCAUUUUAACGCUCCAGUUAUUCUACUCGGUUCUAUCGGUGCGGCUGCUUGGAUAUCGAACGUAGUUGGUAAUCCAACUCCGCCAUCUUACGUACCCAAUACAUUUGUCACUUUUGCCGAGAACAUGACUUUUAUGCAAAGAACAGAAAACGCGCUUUUGGAAUUACUAUCGAAACUUAAUUUUGAAUUGAACGUUUAUCCAGUUCAAAGUAAAUUGGUUAAAGAAUUUUUUCCUAAUUGUCCUGAUAUUCACGAACUUCAUAAAAAUGUUGCCCUCGUUCUUUCUAAUAGUCAUGAAAGUGUGAACGCCGCCACGCCAAAAGUGCCUAAUCUCAUCGAUAUUGGAGGGUUCCAUAUCUCACCUGGAGGAAAGCUACCACAGGAUUUGCAGAAGAUUCUUGAUAAUGCUAAAAGUGGUGUGGUGUACUUCAGUCUUGGAUCUCAUUUGAAACCAUCACAAAUGAAGAAAGACGUGAAAGAAGCUAUUAUAAAAGUGCUCAGUUCUCUUAAACAGACUGUUUUUUGUAAAUGGGACGCAGAGGAAUGGCCAAACAAAUCCGAUAAUAUAAUAUUAGGAAAAUGGUUUCCUCAGCAAGAACUUUUAGCUCAUCCAAAUGUGAAACUUUUCAUCACCCACGCUGGUCUUCUGAGUUUAACGGAGACUGUAUACGUAGGUGUUCCAAUUUUGGCUUUACCCGUAUUAGGUGAUCAAAAAAUCAACGCAGCGAAAGCUGAAUCGUUAGGAAUUGGUUUAGGAUUAUCGAUUACUGAUCUUAGUGAAGAUACAUUCCGAAAUGCCGUCAUUGACAUAUUAAAUAAUCCAAAAUACUUAGAAAAUGUGAAAAGAAGAUCAGAAAUACUCCGCGACAGACCGAUACCACCAUUAGAUUUGGCAAUUUACUGGAUCGAGUAUGUGGCCAAAUACAAACAAGUUUCUCAUUUGAGAGUGUACGGAACAAAUUUACCUUGGUACCAAUAUUAUUUAAUAGAUGUUAUCCUAUUUUGGAAUUUUGUAUUUAUAAUGUCUGUGUAUAUAGUAUUUAAGUUGUUUACAAGAAUAUGUUGUGCAUCUAAGAAAGAUAAACUGAAAAAAUCCUAGGUUUUAAUAUUUUAUUUAAUAAAUGCUAUUAAAAAACAUGCAG